AUGCUGUCUGUGCCCCUAAACAUUUUGUGCACUGGAAGUUAUCAAAAACAUUUACUUUCUGCCUGGCCAAGCCCUGUUGUUGCACUGGGACAGCAUGUGGAGCUUCGAUGUGACUCUCAUAGAGAGUCUGACUUGUUCCAGCUGUACAAGGAACUUGGAGACUUUAUUCCUCAGGUCCAUGAAAGAAUAUUCAAGAAGAGCAUGCUUUUGGGCCCUGUGACAACCGCACAUGGAGGAACGUACAGAUGUUAUAAUCACUAUCAUCAGAACCCUAAUGACCUCUCAUUACACAGUAACCCUUUGAAAAUCAUAAUCUCAGGAAUCUACAGGAAGCCUUUACUCUUUGUCCCACAUACUAACCUGGUAAAUUCAGGAGAGAAGGUGACCCUGAAGUGUCACUCACAGAUUGUGUUUGACAUCUUCAUUUUGAAUUUACAAAUAAAUAGAAUAGGCAAAGAAUCUUUCCAACAUUCUGCAGAAUCCCAUCUUGGAGGGUCCCAUGCCAGCUUCUCAAUAGGACCCACAACACCUGCUCAUGCUGGGACUUAUAUUUGUUAUGGAUCUUUCAAUCACACACCAUAUGAAUGGUCUGAAUCCAGUGACCCAGUUGACAUAGUGAUCACAGGUUUAUACAAGAAACCUUCAUUGGCAGUCCUGAUGGGCCCCAUGGUGAUGUCAGGAGAGAACAUGACCUUGGCUUGCAUCUCUGAUCAUCAGUUUGACAUGUUCCAUCUGUCCAGGGAGCAGGUGUCUAAGGGACAUGGGCUGCCUGCCAUGCAGAGUCACAAUGGGAUAUUCCAGGCCAAUUUCUUUCUUGGGCCUGUGAUCCAGGCAGGCAACUACAGGUGCUAUGGCUCUUUCAGGAACUCCUCCUUUGUGUGGUCAUCCCCAAGUGACCCCUUGUAUCUUCCUGUCACAGGAAAUUACACUUCUUUUCCAGAACCAGACUUCAAAACUAGUAAGCAAAUUAUUCCUCUUCUUUAUUUAAAACUGUUGGUACUAAAGUCUACUGAAGUCAUGUGCUGUGCAAGCUUCCUCACACAUCUUUAA